CACAUUCUUCAACUGCGAAAGUUUCGACUGCGCAGUCGGGAUUGGGACAUGGUGUGGGUCGUUCUCUUCUCGCUGCUGUGGGCGACUCAAGGUCCCGGGACAGCGCGGGCCGAAGUGGUCCAAGAUUUCGGGGAAUGUGGCUGGUUCUUCCAGGGCAAGGUUCCGCCGAAGGGAUUCAGCAAGAGAAACAGGGUUAGGAUCUGUCAGAGGUUCAAGAACCGCUAUCACUUCGCCACGCUGUACCGGACAGACCUGAGGAUCCCGGUGUAUUCCGCCUACCGCUAUCCCUGCUCCCUGGGCGAGGGCGGAGCUUACAGACCCAGUCCCUGGUUUCAUGAACCGCAGAUCGACAACCAAAAUGCCCAGAGUGAGAUGAGAAGCAGCACAAUGGCCGGCAGUGAAAAGCAGGCGACAGAUGAAGAUUACCAGGACUCUGGGUAUGACCGGGGACAUCUCUACCCCUUCUCACUGAAUGACAGAGAGAGCGCCACAGCCACCUGCACCCUGACUAAUGCGGUGCCCAAGGAGCGUGGAGCCAACAUCAGGUGGUACCAGGAGGCAGAAUCGGUUGCCAAAAAGUUGGCGCAGAUAUGUCACAAGUCGGGACGCACGAUGUAUCUGCUGACUGGCUCUGCCGACCCGACCAAGUUCAAAAUCAAAAACAGGGUCUCGGUGCCCAAGUCGGUCUGGACAGCUCUCUGCUGCACUUUCUCACAGGAUCAAAAUAACGACCACUGUCUCAGUGGCCAGGUGCCGUCAGAGGGGCCGGAGGUGCUGGUGUACAAUAGAGAUUUCUCCUUUGCAUUCAUGAAGGAGAUGAAGCCGGAGCAAGUCACGAAACACCUGACGGUGAGGGAGCUUCAGAAAAAGCUGCAGGUGAGCGCACUUUUUCAAAGCUGCCGGGGGACAAGGGAGAAUGACGAAGAGCAAACCUUCAAGGAAGUGGAGGGACUGAUUGAAGACAAGAUACUCAAUCCCGUCAACAACACUGGGAGCUCCCUACUCCGACCAUUUGGCUUCAAAGCAAUCACAGCAACACUACAGUUCAUCCGCUCUAGCCUACUGGUUCCCAGUGGAGCCACGGUCCACACCACGUUGUCUGGUGUGUUGGAGAUCGCCAAGUCCAUCGCUCCAGUUCUGCACGGUGUUGCCAUGGUGGUUGGAUUUGUCCUCAUAAGUGCCUUUGGGAUUCUCGUCAAUAAUCCCUGACGUUACACCCACUGGCCUAUUGGUGUCAUCUUCUGUCCCUUUCACGAUGAGCAAGUCUUCUCAAUGUUUGCCAGUCUCGUUGCAUUUCUCAGCACUCUCUUCAUCAUAGUCAAGCAGCCUUUACAUUGGCUUCCAGAAAUACUACUAAUUUUUAACACUACCAAAAAAUGCCCCCGGUCAGAUUUUUAUAUCGCAACUUGCCAGAAGGUAGGAAAUGCUGGAAGUACUCAGCAGUCGGCAACAUCUGUUGAGAGAGUUAAUGUUUCAGGGCAAAAUAUUUCCAGCAUUCUCUGCUUUACAGAUUUCAAAUAUCUGCAGUAUUUUAAUGUCUAAACUCAGGGAAUUCUAUUCUCAACCCAGCUAACAUUUCAAAGAAUGGUUGUAAAAGAAAUGGAAAUCCUUGGCUUCCCAAUUGGUUCAAAACUCUGGAGUUAAAAGCAACCAGCUGCUGGAAAAAAACUCCAAUAAUCUGGUAGUUUGGGACUUCAGUGACAGGUUGACAGAAUUUCCAGACUGUUGGAUGUUACUCCUAUUAAUACCCAACACACUUUUAAUUCCAGGAGCUUAAAGGAGUUAGAACAUAGAACAUAGAACAGUACAGCACAGAACCGGCCUUUCAGCCCACAAUGUUUUGCCGACAUGGCUAAUCCCUCCUACCUACAGAAUGCCCAUAUCUCUCCAUUUUCCUCUCAUUCAUGUGCCCAUCCAAGCCCCUCUUAAAAGCCCUGGAAAAAGGGUUUGGUGAGUUUAAAGGGAGUGUGGAAGUGGCCCCAAUGAAUUUAAGGCAGCAGAGGAAAGAGUCCCCGGUAAUUCAAGGGAGAUGUGGAAUGGGGUCCCUGUGUGUUUACAGGGAGAGCAGGAACUGGGGUUCCAGUGAGUCAGAUCCUGUACCAUCAAGAUUGGUGAACAGGUGAUUAUUGGAGUUUUACUGUCCUUGGGAUUUUCUGUUUUAAUUUUAGGUCUCCAGUAUUUUUGCUUCCAAAUCUCUGGAGAAUUGGGUUGAGAAACCUUCCCAUUUCCAGCAUGAUCCUACAUUUCAGAUGUGGGAUUAUUUUCACAUGAUAGUCUGGGUUGUUUCCUUUGGAACAGGGAAGUUUAAGAUACUUAGUAGAGUUAUUCCUCGAUUUAUGAAACAACCACUUUACAAAGUUUCACAAAAAUACCAUUGCCUCUUUGCAAUAUGUGCCUUCUACUUGCAGUCUGAUAUCUUGCUGUGGCAAAUAGUACUUAACUCUCAGUCUAGAGGGAUACACUACCAAAGUACCCAAAAUGUUUUUUUGCCCAAAUUUGUGAAAUUCCAAUUAAUGAAAAGUUUUCCAGGAAUGCAUUCCUUUUGUAAAUCGAGGAACAACUGUAUUUACAACCAGGUGAGAUUGUACCAAGUAGAUAAAGGGGACAUUGCUUCCAGCAGCUGAUUGGUACACAACCUGAGAACACAAAAGAAACAAGAUGUUUAUGAAGGAAAAUUGAACGAACGCUGCCUGUUUUUAAAAAAAAACUCAGUGAAUCAGCAGGCAGUUUGACACUGCAUUUGAUUUCUGUCCAGGUAACUUCAAAGCCAGGAUUUCUAUUCACUCCAUUUCAUGCUAUAAUCUCCAAAGUGCCAAACUAACACAAGUCUACAACUACCGGUUGGACGGUUAUUACAAAGAUUACGGUAGAGAGGCUGUGUGUGUUGUGUGCUGUAGCUCUGUAUUCGAAGAGAAUGGAUCCACAGCCAGGAAUGGCCCACACUGGAGGAAGAUGUAAGCCCAUCAGCACAGAUCUAUCUCAGUAAAGGCAGUACAGAAUUAGGACAAUCCUCAUUAACAAAUCCUUUGUGUUUAGUGAUAAAAUUCCCAGUUUUCUUCCAGUGAUCUCUACCUCAGGGGCUCUCCAGCACUGACUGGAUUCAAGAUUAAGAUUGGUAGAUUUUUCGAUGCCAAAUGUAUAAUUUGGGGAUCAGGUGGGAAAGUGGACAAGGCAUAGGAUCUGCCUUGCAGACCCUUUAUAGCAGAGGAGACUAUUCAGCCCUAUACUAGCUCUCAGGGGAAUCCUAUUUCUCCCCUUAUUUUCCUGCAACCUACACAUUGACACAUGCCCAUUAACCUCACCGUCCCCCCUCCACACCCCAAUUCUCCCAAACUGGGGGCAAUUUACGGAGGCCAGUUAACCUACCAACUCCCACAUCUCUGAGAUAUGGGGGGAAAUCACAGGGAGAAAGUGCAAACUUCACACAGACAGGGUCGGAGGUCAGGAUCGAACCCUGGAGCUGUGAGAACAGCUGCACUACCCGCUGUGCCAUGACACGACAAGAUGGAGCAGGUCUUCUCUUGUUUCCUUCUCUUGUACUCACAGAGAGACACAGCACGGAAACAGGCCCUUCAGCCCACUGAGUCCGCGCCAACUACCAACCACCCAUUUACACUGAUCUGACACUUAACCCCACUUCUCAUCAACUUCCCCCAGAUUCUGCCACACACCGACACACUAGGGGCAACUUACUGUCCAAUUAACCUGGUAAACAUGUAUGUCUUUGGGAUGUGGGAGGAAACCGGAGCACUUGGAGGAAACCCACGUGGUCACAGGGAGAACGUGCAAACUCUAAACACACACACACACACACACACACACACACACACACAUACACACACACACACACACACACACACACACACAAACACACACACACACACACACACACACACAGAGGUCAGGAUUUCACCUGGGUCUCUGGCACUGUGAGGCAGUGGUUCUACUAGCUGACUCAAUUAUGAUCUUAUUGUGGUUUUAGUUUUUAAAAAAUGGCUACAUAUAGAUUGUCAUUUCGGUUAACUGUGUACAGACAUGUGUCUGUGUGUUGUUUAUUCCGUGUGUGUGUGUUCAGCAUUCUGAUAACCCUUCACAACAUGAGUCAUCAGCUCCUAUUUUGUGGUCAGUGGCAAAGGAUGAGACUCAUUGCUAGCCUGGAACAAAGUUCCCUCCAGAGACCUCAUCGUCUCCGUUGUCCGGACAUCCCCUUUCCCCGUGUUGGUUGUGGUUUUGUUGACGCCUGAGCUCCAAGUGAAGUCAUUGAGCAGGCUGGGCAGCCAAUCACAUCGAAGCAUUCUCAAGCAAUCAGUGCAAUUUUAAACUAACAUUGAAAUGCUUUAUGGAUCUUAAAAUACUGAAUGGGAGACAGAUGUGUGAUGAAGUUAGUUGCUGACAUAAUCCAACAAUUUUUUUAGAAGUAGAAAAAUAUAAAAUUGUAUUGUUUUAAAAUCCAUUGAUUUUUGAAAUAUAUGGCGAUUAUAAUUAGUGUUGAUUUAUUAUUAUGUGUACUGAGAUACAGUGAACAGCUUUUGUUUACAUGCCAUCCAGACAGAUCAUGCCAUACAUAAGUACUUCAAGGCAGUAAAACAAAAAAACAGAAUGCAGAAUAUAAUGUUGCAGUUACAGAGAAAGUGUAGUGCAGGUAGACAAAAUACAAUCCAUAUGCAUAAGAUUUUAAAAGUUGAAGAUUUUGACUCGCUACUCCAUUAACAUUUUCAGAGUUGUUUUACGUAAAAAUAGUUUGGAAAUUCCUCUGAAAUCUCAGCAGAUCACUGGUUUCUGAAGUACAGACCAGGUGGUUGCUAAACAGGGAACGAGGAGGAGGACCUGGAGACCACUGAAAGUAAUGAUACACCUGCCUAAAUGCACAUGAGAGAUGCAGAAGUUGCUGUCACAUGCACAGUGCAAUGACAGCAAAUAUCAACAGCUUCAACAUCACUACAACUGCAAACUGUCAGCCAAUAUGUUCCACAGGGAGGUUUUGAAAGCAUGCGGUGUAUUUGUAAGUGGCUGCUCAUAGGUGUCCUCACACAAGAUGCUGGAGGAACUCAGCAUGUGUGGUCCCUCCAGCAUUUUGUGUGUGUUGCUCCAGAUUCCAGCAUCUGCAGAACCUCUUGUGUCAUGGGUGCUCUGCUCUACAAUCACUGCUGUUAAUUGACAGAAUCCAAUCAUGUGUGAUUUUCGUUAUGGUGCUGGAUAAAAUCUGUAUUUAUAAUUUAUGAACUAAUCUUUAUUCAAAUAGUGAAUAAAACAGAAUGAAAUUGCUAACUGGAUUUGAUACUGAGACUGAAUUAGUGUGUAAUUCACAAUGUAAUUCCAAUAUAUUGUGAUAAAUGUGCAAAAAUAAAUAAUCAUUUCAUGCCUUGUACAA